UGCUCGGUCACCUGUGGUGAAGGGACAGAAUCCAGGCAGGUGUCAUGCCGCACAGGUGACCAGUGUGAUGGAGAAAAGCCAGAAUCCAUGAGGGUUUGCAAACUUGCACCCUGCAAUGAUGAAGCUUGCCAGGGGGACAAGUCGAUCUUCUGCCAGAUGGAAGUGCUCGCUCGCUACUGCUCCAUCCCGGGCUACAAAAAGCUGUGUUGUGAAUCCUGCGGCAAACGUAGCGGCAACCUCCCUCUGGCUUUCUACAGCGAAGCCGCCGAAACCGAAGAAGGUUUCAUCACCAGCCCCGCUGUCCUUCCCAAGUCUUCGGCCGCCACGACUUCUUUAGCCCCUCCUCGCCCCGAGCGACAAAGCGCUCCGGGCAGGAUGUCCUUGGCGGAAGACCACACCCAAGUCCUCCUCCCUCCGAUCUACAGGAAGGCCCAAGCGGCUCAUAAUCCCUCUCAUCGGAAAUUUCGGAACCAAGCCAGUAACAAGGCGCCUGGACCACCUGCCCUGCACCAGAACCUUUCCACCAACAAUGGGCUUCACCGUUCCUCACCUUUGUUUGACACCGGGCCGGUGGCGGCGCAUCGUCCUGGCUCGGUGGACAUUCAUUCUUCUUCCAGAACCCCACGGAGAAAUGAAAAGCAAGCCGAGAGACAGCCACCCUUAAGAUCUCCCACUAUAGGAAGAUGAAAAGUUUAGGGAGUUUUUUAAUUUU